AUGUUUAAAACAGCUAAGGGCUUCUUGAAAGAGGACUUGUUGUUUGCAGCAGAAGAAAUAGGAGAGACACUGUCUGAUAAGGUAAAAAUUUCUGAACUGAAAGAUAUUAUUUUGAAUAGCAAAGAGUAUUUGGAUGAUCCAGACUUUGUGACAAAUAUUUUAGUAACGGCCGUGAGCCAGCGAAAACUAAAAGAAGAACAAAAACAAAAGCAAACAGAAUUUGAAAAAGCGGAAAGAUUAAAACAGCUAGAAUACGAAGAAAGUGGAAAAAUAAGAGAACACGAACUGGAAUUGGCGAGAAUCAGAGCAACGUUGCCAAUUACAGGUGAGUCUCAAAAUACUGUUAUAUCUGGUGCUAAAAAGAAAUUUAAUCUGCCAAAAUUAGAAUUUAGACAGUUUAAUGGCGAUAUUAAAGAUUGGCUACAAUUCUGGAGCCAGUUUCAACACAUUCAUAACGAUGAUGAAAUCGCGCCUGAGAACAAAUUUCAAUAUCUUGUGCAAGCUACUGUAAAUGGAUCACGAGCCCGAGAAGUAGUAGAAAGCUUCCCGGCAACAGCAGCCAAUUAUGCCAAAGCAGUUGAAAGUUUAAAAGCACGAUUUGGGAGAGAUGAACUAUUAGUAGAAGUUUAUGUUCGGGAAUUAUUAAAGCUGAUAAUCUCAGUUCAGAAACAUGAGAAAAUAUCGAUGACAUCUCUCUAUGAUAAACUCGAAUCUUAUCUGAGAGCCUUAGAGACUUUAGGAGUGACUACUGAUAAAUGUGCUUCAAUUCUUUAUCCCAUGGUGGAGUCUUGUUUUCAAGAGGACUUUUUGAAAGCAUGGAAUAGAAGUGCUUCUUCAGCAGUCUCAACUGAUGCUAAAGACCGUUUAACCAACUUGAUGACUUUUCUUAAAGCAGAAACGGAGGGCGAAGAAAGAAUUAAUUUGGCUAUGGCUGGUUUUGGCUUGGGUGCAGAUGAAAAUCGCCAAUCAUUUAAGAAAAAAGUAAGAGAUUUUCCAAUGAAAAAAGUACCUACAGCUGCCAAUUUAUUUACUACAGCUUCAAAAGAAGUGAAGAAAGAAUGUGUUUUCUGUACUGGGAAACACUCGAGCCCAGACUGUUUUCAAGCUCAGAAGAUGAGUUUGGCUGAAAGGUAUAAUAUUUUAAGAGAGAAGCAAUGUUGUUUUGCUUGCUUAACACCAAAGCAUACAUCUCGUUCCUGUAAGACAUUUUUAAGAUGUGUAAUAUGUGGGAAAAAGCAUGUCCCACUUAUGUGUGAGUCUCUAGAGGCUAAGAAUCAAGAUUCAUUCAAGAGUGAGAAUUAG